GAUCAGGCUAGCCGAGACAGAAAUACCUCCUGGACAAAGGUGGUUUUAUUUAUUUCUUUUUUUAAAAAACACCUCCAAGAAGUGAAACAUCUGCUUGUUAUUUCUCCUGUGUGUAACCCUGAUUGAAAAAUCAGCAGUGGAGCACAGAGAGAUGCAUUGAAACAACCUCCAUGCGGGAGAAAGGCCUUAAGUGAGGACAUCACGUCUCUCGUUUGGACCAUUUCCUCAAAGCAGAGACAAAAAUGGAGCAAUGAAGACGCUUGGGUGAAAAAAGCACCAUUGUAGUAAGUCAUACUGAUGGAUUACGGACGUAAGAGGAAACUUUCUUUUGUCACAAUUGGACUGCUGUUUUUCCUGAGUGGUAUUGAAUAUGCUGUUAUCCUUCCCACUAUAUGGAGGUAUCUGCAGAUUCUCGAUGCCCCGCCGUAUUUCCUCGGACUCGGUCUGUCUGCGUUCAGUUUCAGUGGACUCGUGACGGGGCCGUUAUUCGGACGCUGGUCUGAUAGAACCCGCACUACAAAGACCAUCAUCCUUUUCUCUAACCUCUUUGAGAUUGUGGGGAACUUCAUGUACUUCAUAGGCUACUCAAAAUGGCUUCUCCUGUCCAGUCGACUUGUUGCAGGCAUUGGUGCUGGCGCAGGUUCAUCCAUUUUUGGCUUCCUGACACGGACCACGGUUCCUGAAGAACGAGCUCGAGUGUUCGCUGCUGUGAUGGCAUCACGCCAAGCCGGACUCCUGAUUGGGCCUGCUUUUAACAUUUUCCUGCGAUUGUGUGAUUUUCGACUGGGACCAUUCAUCGUGAACAAGUACACCGCUCCCGGGCUCUUCAUGUGUGCCAUGUGGCUGGUGCUCCAGUUAGCCGUGGUUCUGCUAUACUGGGACGUCCCUCCGGUGGACACCAUGCCAGAGAUGCACACUGCCCUCCGCCAUGUCAGGGAGGAAGAGGAGUGGCCGCUCGUGUGCUCACAGGGUGAGGAUGGUACACCAGGGUCAGGCUCCUACGCCAUGGUGCCAUCUGAUCAGACUGAGACACAGCUUUCAGAAGAACUCGGGCCAUCUGAGCCUGGAGCGUCGCCUGCCUCGGAUAGUCCUCGUUCCCUGGAUGACCCCUUCAAGAACUUCAGCGCCAGCCAAGAGUUCCUGAGGGAGGAGGUGGUGGUUCUCCUCACCGCACAGUUCAUCACGCUCUUUAAUCAGACCGCACUCGAGACCAUGGUAACACCGAUGACGCAGAAGUACUUUGGCUUUGGUGAGCUGGGGAACAGUGUGAUGUACGGACUGUGCGGUGUGGAGGUGAUCGGCGGGUUCUUCCUCGUGCGCUGGCUGAGCCGCGUGCUGGAGGAGCGCGUGCUGCUCGCUGCCGGCCUGCUCGUGAGCUGCGUGGCCUGCGUCUGGUGCCUCGUCUUCCUUGCUGACCCCAAAGGUGGCUUUGCGCUCGAGCUGACCGAGUUCAUUAUUGGGGUGUUCCUGCAGCUGCUGGGGCUUCCCUUCGUCGCCGUGUCCCAGGUUUCCCUCUUCUCCAAAGUCACUGCAGAGAAGACGCAAGGCUUUAGUCAAGGUGUACGGCGCUCCAUUGGAGGUCUUGCCACCAUCCUGGGUCCGCUCUGGGCUGGUGGUUUAACUGGGAACUUGUAUGUGAUGCUUGGAAUGAUGCUGUUUCUCCUCACACUCAUUAUGCUCAUGAUGGCGCUGUCCUACGAAAAACUGGUGGAGCCCCCCGUGGUGCAGCAUGCAGACGACUCUGAGAGCGAAGGAUAGAGGUGGAAGUCACUCGUUCACCCGUCAAACUGUACAGGACAGCAGCUCGUGGUGGUCCGUCUGGCCCGGGGUUGGGGUGCGUGUGGUGCUCGGUGGAACAGAUGCUGGAGCGGUGGUAGUUACGGGCUCGUGCCAGGAGCAGCAGACCUCGGACAGCAAGAGGGAUGGACACACACACACACACACACACACACACACACAUACGCCCACACGCCCACACAUAUGCUCACACACACCUCAUACAGCUCUGCUUGUUAUGUUAUUUUCACAGUUUUGUAUAAAAUGUACAAUACUGUAAAUAUGAAAAUGCAUUUAAACAGAAAUCACACAAUUUUUCUAAGUCUCUAUGUUAAGGUGUUGCUUUGAUUUGCGUCAUUGUAGUUUGCAGUGAGUGUACAGACGAGGGCGCUAUUCCUCCACAACACUGAGUGUGUGUAUGUGCGUGCGUGUGUGUGUGUGUGUGUGUGUGUGGACAUGUUUUUUAUAUCUUAGUGGGGA